AGCGUGUAUAAUUUUCUCCGUUUUUCUAUCAUUGAAAAAAAAAAAAAAAAAAAUAGACUCCCCUCGCGCAUCUUAAUCCUCAUUUAUCCCUCUUCCCAUUCCCAUUCCCAUUCCAGCAUUCCCGUUUUGCGAGCGUGUAUAAUUUUCUCCGUUUUUCUAUCAUUAAAAAAAAAAAAAAAAUCAUUUACACUCCCUCGCGCAUCUUAAUCCUCAUCUAUCCCUCUUCCCAUUCCAUUCCCAUUCCAGCAUUCCCGUUCUGCGAGGCCGUCCCUUCCUGUUCCUGGAUGGGCGGGGAGUGCCAGUCUGAGUGCCACGCCGACGAGAGGGGCUUCUCUCGUUGUUCAGGCAGCUGCACGUGUUGCGUCUCCACCCGCAAGUGCAGUUCGACGUCCUGGAAGUGCAAGAAACUGGGCGGUGCUUGUCAGAUUCUUGAUCUGAAGGGUUUAAGAGUCUGUGACUUUGUGGAUCUGACGGCCUGCCCUGGCUGUGGCUGCUGCAUUAGUUGCAGAGCCCAGUACAACAGGACGUGCAGAAAGCUCUACGACGGCUCCUGCAAAUCCAAGUGCGAUUCUACCGAACUGGAAAUACAUCGAUGCGAGGCCGGGUGCGUCUGCUGUGGGUGUCGCGCGAAAAGGAAGUGUGCGUCGAGAGGAGGUCUCUGCGUCCCCAGCAAGGCACACUGCGAGGGCACUGCAUACAGCGCUUGGUGUGAUAGGAGCUGCGUCUGCUGCGUCCCAGAUAAACCUUGUGGGUGGAAGACGCCGAAGUGUUUGGAACAUUCCGGAUACUGCAGUAAUUCCUGCUCAGACGGAGAAGUGGCUUUGAAGGGUAUAUGCGGGAAGGGAAACUGCGUCUGCUGCGUCAGCGACCCGUCCCCGUGUGCCCAAGGGGAGUGCCUCAGGGUAGGUGGCAGGUGCUCCCGGGUGUGCCCCUCCUUCCUGGGUUCCGUGCCUGAGCUGUGCCCGGGGAAGGACUGCACGUGCUGCCUGUACCUGAAGGCAAAGUGAGUGUUAGGUGGAUAGGAUAAACAUUGGAUAUGGGAAAGGAGAUUUUUGUUUUGAUUACCAAGGUGGUAGGAUGAGCAGUAGGGGAAUUCUUAAGGUCUGUUUCCCCUAAGAUUUUAGGACAUUUUUGGCGUUGUGUUCUUAAACUGGUAGGAUGUGCAAUAGGGGAAUCCUUAUUCUUGAUUCCUAAGGUGGAUAUUGAUGGGAUAUUUUAAGAUUUGUAUGUCUAAAUAUUCAGGGCAUGCAUCAAGGGAAAUCUUAACUUUUUAUACUGGUAAAAAAAUCUUUUUAGUUUUGAUUUCAGUGGUUGUAGGAUAUGCAGUAAGGAAUCUUUUGAUUUGAUUUCUUAAGAGGAUAUCAAUAGGGCAAUUUUGGGUAUGCAUUCUUAACUUGAUAAGAUAUAUAUUAAGCUAAUCCACAGCUCUGGAUUUGCAAUUAGGUCAUUUUCAGCUUUCAUAUCUAAAGGCCUGAUCAUUUAUAGAACUUAUCCCGUCAAACUUUACUUCUCUGCAUCAGCCUGGCAAAGAAGCAGACGUGGACUUAUCGAAGAGACUUGUUUAUUCAACAAGAACAGAUUAUGCCUAUGUAAUUAUGUAAAAGAGCCAUAUCGUAAACAACAAACAAGAUAUACUUACGCAAUUUUAAAUGCCAUUAUUUACCAAUAAAAGCAAUCUAGUCUUAAAGAUCCUGCGGAGAACAAGAUCAAGACAGAAAUUUGACUAAUGAAGACGGUCGAAGUCGAUAAAUUCAGAAACCUCCACUUUAGGCGGAAAACGUAAAACAUUUGCCCGAGAAAGUGUUGGUGUAAAUUGGUGUAAAU